CCGCACCGCGGAGUUACCGCCCGUGCGGUCGGCGCGGCUCCUCCAGGGGCUCGAACUGCGUGCGGCUGUGCCCCGCUUGGAACAAACACAUGUUUGUGCCCUCCUCUGCUCGUCCUUCCUUUUCCCAAACCCGGCCUUUUAGCAGGUUGAAGAAGAAUCAGGGUUUUAAGUUUGGAAUUAAAUAAAGAUAGAGAUGUGGAAAGAAUACACGGAAGCGGUAUCAACACCCUUGAUAUUGAGCCUGUUGAGGGAAGAUACAUGUUAUCUGGUGGAUCAGAUGGCGUUAUUGUACUUUAUGACCUUGAAAACUUGAGCAGGAAGCCAAGUUACACAUGUAAGGCACUUUUUUCAGUUGGAAGGAGCCAUCCUGAUGUACAUAAAUUCAGUGUGGAGACAGUCCAGUGGUAUCCUCAUGACACUGGCAUGUUUACAUCGAGCUCAUUUGAUAAAACCUUGAAAAUAUGGGAUACAAACACUUUACAACCUGCAGAUAUAUUUCAUUUUGAGGGAACAGUCUAUAGCCAUCAUAUGUCUCCAAUUGCUACAAAGCACUGUUUAAUAGCAGUUGGUACCAAAAGCCCCAAAGUACAGCUCUGUGACUUGAAGUCUGGAUCCAGUUCUCACAUUCUGCAGGGUCACAGACAAGAAGUAUUGGCAGUAGCUUGGUCCCCACGUCAUGAAUAUGUUUUGGCAACAGGAAGUGCUGAUGGUAGAGUAAAAUUAUGGGAUGUGAGGAGAGCUUCUGGAUGUCUGAGUACACUUGAUCAGUACAAUGGAGAAAAGUCCAAAGCAUCUUCUGAAGCAGCAAACACUGCUCACAAUGGGAGAGUUAAUGGUUUAUGCUAUACAAAUGAUGGACUUCACCUGCUAACUGUUGGUACAGAUGAUCGGAUGCGACUCUGGAAUAGCUCCACUGGAGAAAACACCUUAGUAAACUAUGGGAAAGUCUGUAAUGAAAGUAGGAAAGGACUCAAAUUUACCAUCUCUUGUGGCUGUAAUCCAGAGUUUGCCUUUGUUCCAUAUGGAAGUACCAUUGCUGUUUAUACAGUUUUCACAGGAGAAAUGAUAACUAUGCUUAGAGGGCACUAUAGUACUGUCAACUGCUGUGUAUUUCAACCUCAUUUUCAGGAACUUUAUAGUGGUAGCAAAGACUGCAAUAUCCUUGCAUGGGUACCAGCUCCACGAGAGCCAGUUCCUGAUGAUACUUCUGAAAAGUUUCUGCCUCAACAACAUGUAAAUCCAGCAUAUGAAGAUGCAUGGAGCAGCAGCGAUGAUGAAGGCUGAAUUUAAAUUAUGAGCUGAUAUAAAAUUGACAUUCAGGCACUGCAUUCACAGGCUUUUACAGAAUUGGACAUUGUUGGAUUUCUCACAACUGGAUUUUAGGUACAGUUCUGUUAGAGCAAGGUCUUUCAGAAAUAAGUUUCCACUGUUCUCUGUGUUUCUUUGUCACUGUAAAGUUAAAUCCAAAGGAUUACUUUUUCAUACUUCCUGACUUUUGUACUUGUACAUUGGCAUUCUUUAUUCAGUGUUGAACAGCUGAUAAAGAAAAAAUAAAAGCCCUUGGGACCAGUCAAAAUUA